AUGCGCAACAAGCGGCAGAACGAGCUCAAGUACAAACGGCGCGAGGUGGCGAUGAUGCUCAAAGGCGGCCAGGAUGCUCGAGCUCGUAUUAGGGUGGAGGAGCUUAUAAGGGAGGAGAACACUAUAGCGGCCUAUGAUGUGCUGGAGCUCUUCUGCGAGCUACUGGUCGCUCGCAUCCUCAUUAUAGAGUCACAGAAGACCUGCCCGGUGGACUUGCGGGAGGCGGUAUCGAGCAUUAUUUUUGCUGCCCCGCGCUGCUCCGACCUGCCCGAGCUUGCUGAGGCGAAGAAGCUCUUCCAGCAGAAGUUCGGGCGGGAGUUUGUGAUGGCAGCAGAGGAGCUGCGGCCUGAAUGCGGAGUGAACCGAAUCAUCGUGGCGAAGCUGUCAGUGCAAGCUCCCUCCCCUGAAUCGAAAUUGGAGGCGCUGCAGAAACUGGCAGAGGAGAAUGGCGUGGAGUGGAGUAGGAUUGUUGCCAAGCUGUCAGUGAGAGCUCCCUCCCCGGAAUCCAAGCUAGAGGCGCUGCAGAAGCUGGCGGAGGAGAACGGCGUGGAGUGGGACCCGGCGAGCAUGCAGAAAGAUCUGUUGGCGAAAUAUGAAGAUAUGAUGUGGGACCUGGCGAGCAUGCAGAAGGAUCUACUGGCGAAAUACCAAGACAUGAUGGUGAGUGGGGUGCGGUGCUUAGUCAACGGGCUUUACAGGGAUGCACAGGAGUGCACCGGAGUGCACAGGAGUGCACUGCGAUUACCCUCGUUCCAUACAGCCUCCCAGUCCACACCUCUUCACAUCCAGAUGCUCUUGCAAUCACUCAUCUUUCUGUCUUUGCCGCACCCCCUUCCCUCCCACCCUUCCCUGCAGGACCCUCGCUCCAACCAGCCAGUCUACACAUCCACCCAUCCAGACGCUCCCAGGACCCCCCCUCCUCACGACUCCACGCCCAACCUUCCCAGCCUUCCCUUUCUCCCUCUUCAUACACACACGCACGCUAACCCACGCCUCCAUUCCCUCUUCCCAUUGCUCUCCCCCUCUCAGGACCCUCGCUCCAACCAGCCAGUCUACACAUCCACCUUUCCAGACGCUCCCAGAACCCCCCCUCCUCACGACUCCACGCCCAACCUUCCCAGCCUUCCCUUUCUCCCUCUUCAUACACACACGCACGCUAACCCACGCCUCCAUUCCCUCUUCCCAUUGCUCUCCCCCUCUCAGGACCCUCGCUCCAACCAGCCAGUCUACACAUCCACCUUUCCAGACGCUCCCAGAACCCCCCCUCCUCACGACUCCUUGCCCAACAUGUUUGGCCCCGGGCAGCCCUACAAUCCCGGGCAGCCCGCAAAUGUUCCGGCAGGCAGCCAGCCGUACGAAACCGGCCCUCCGUCUGCCCCUCCUCGCACAGAAUCGCUGAUUACAGCAGAUGAUUAUGAGAAGCGUUGGGUGGGAGGGGCAGGCGGGCAGGGGCAGGCAAAUAACCCUGCCCACCCCGCUUCUGCUGCUGCUGCCGCUGGUGGUGGUGGUGGUGCUGGUGGUGGUGGCAGUGGUGGUGGUGGUUAUGGUUCUGGUGGUGGGUCAGCUGGUUACACUGGCGUGGGUGGUAACCCCCUGGACUAUCCAGCAUCAUCUGUACCCAAGUAUGGAGAGGGGAAGGCUUUCAAGAAAGAUGCUAUGGAUUAUGCUCCUAGUAGCUACGGUGGAGGAGGGGGAGGGGGAGGAGGAGCGGGAGGAGGAGGGGGAGGAGGUAUAGCUAGUAACUACCAGAAUCAGGGUAACAAUCCCAGUGGUGCGUUUUCCACAGAGGAGAUUCGGCAGGCGGAAAACGAGGUGGCUAGGGAGUUUGAUCGUGUGGCUGAGGAGAGAGAGCGCCAGAUGGCAGCGAUCCGUGAGUCGUCGGAGCGCGCCAGGCUGGCGGCGCAGCGGGCGGCAGAUGCCGCCCGCAUGGCCGUUGGGGGCGGUGGAAUGGGGGGAGGGGGGAUUGGUGCUGGGUAUGGUUCGGGGGCAGGAGGAGGGGGAGGGGGGAUGAUGGGCGGACAGGGAGGAAUGGCAGUUAACGCUCGUUACGGGCCUAGUGCUUACGGUGGCAUGCCAGGUGGAUCCCCAGGUGGUUCUGUUGCGCCAGGUGUUUCCUCAGGUGGUUCAGGUGGAGGGGGCGGGGUGCAAGAUGGGGAGGACAGUUUGGAUUUGCCAGCUCCCCCUAGAGGCAUCGUGGGGGGAAGGGGAGGCGGAGGGGGAGGGGGAGGCGGAGGGGGAGGAGCAGGGGGAGGGGGAGGAGGUGGGUUUGUGGGGGCGAGUGCGUUUGACGAUUUUGUGGCUAAGUCACCUCGAGCAGGUGAAACUGGUAGUGGCGGAUUUGGGGCAGGAGGAGGAGGAGGAGGAGGAGGAGGAGCAGGUGGGGUGGGAGGAGCAGGGGGAACAGGAGGCAUGGGUACUACUGGGUAUGGAGGAGAGUCAGGAGCAGCACCGGCAAGCCAUGGCACCCCAGCACAUGCUUUCGAUGACUAUGUUGCUCGAUCUCCCAGGGGGGGCAACAAUAGCAACGGCAGUGGUGAUUUCAAUGCCCCGUCUGUCCCUGGUUCGGGCGCCACCCAUUCCUCCCACUCAGGCUCAGAGUUCCCCUCGGUGCCAGGCUCUGGCGGGUAUGGCUCCGGCGCUGGUUCGGGUUACGGUGGAGGAGGUGGAGGGGUAGCCUCGGGGCCAGGUUCGGGGAUGCAGAGUGGUUCGGGGACAACUGGAUUGUCGGGAGAUGUGAUGUCUCUACCUGGCAUUGAUGACCUGGCAGCGAGGUUUGACCGGCUGAGGAAGAGAACGGCUGCAUCGGAUGACCUGUGA